AUGCACCGCUAUAACCUCAGGAAACCAAGAGCGCGAUCCAGCACAACCGUUACCCGGGAGUCCAGCGUAACUGCCCCGAGUGAAGAACACGAUGAUAGCGUCACUGCUCAGAAUGAGGAACACAGCAACAGCGUCUCUCUCGACAACUCGGACGAAAGCGAUGCCAGAAGCCAUCAAGAACAAGAAGACGAAGAUAACGACAGUGACAGCCCUGAAACCGAGGAGGAAGCCCCCUCAGACUCUGCAUCCUCAUCAUCCUCAUCCCCUUCAUCCCCCUCAUGCCCCUCAUCCCCCUCAUCCCCCAGCACCAUAGUAUCCGCCAUCUCCGAACCCAUAACCCACAACCGCAUUGGGGUCCCUCACAUCAUCGUUGAAAUCGAUGCCUGGAAAGUAGAUCUCAGGGUCCUCAAGCAGGGCGACUGCGUAAAACUGGAUGCGAACGUCCGCUUGGAAGGCAGUCACCGGCGAGUUGUGGGGAGUGUGAUGCGGGACGAGGUUGUGAGGUGGGUGCUAGAUGCGGUUGAUCGGAUCAUAUGGACGCCAACGAGUGAGACGGAGAGCCAUGGGAAGGGGCGGGGAACGGAGGAAUGGUGGGCUGAUAGGGUGGAGGUUGAGACCGAGUUUAGCGGGAGGCCGAGGUGGGUGUCGUUGCUUAAAGACGGGCGUGAGAAGGGGUAUUGGGAAAAAGAUAGGAGUGGCGGGGGUGGGGAUGCGGAUGGUGAGGACGAAGCGAUGGAUAUGGAUGGCAAUGAAAAUUGA